UUACACUGCUCAGUGAACCGGUUACACCGUUACUGCGAUAGUGAGAAGUAGUCCGGGUAGCCCGCGGGCACAGGGGCGCACGGGUGAGCGGGAGAAGAGGCUGUUAGCUCCCUGUGUGCCCGCGGGCUCCCGGUGGUCGCGGAGGUAACCAGACAGGGUGAGGUAGUGGUGGAGGCGGAGGGAUACGCGGCGGAGGUGAGGCAGUGACAGGGCUAUAUAAGGUCGGAGCGGAGGGGGAAGCAGUCUGUCAGCGGAGAGUCGCUGCAGUCACAGGUCCCACAUUGUACUCCGCGCUCCUGCUCUGUCAGUAAUUCCAGAAGAAAUCUAACGCCAUGGCAGAACAAGCAAGUGCCACCGCAGCUGCCACCACCGGCUCCUCAAAGUCCAAAAGUGUCCUUACCUGGGAGCAGGUCAGCCGCUUGAACAGCUUUCUGACAGAGGUGGUUCCCAUCCAUGGACGCGGGAACUUUCCCACCUUAAAGAUCACGCUGAAGGAUAUCGUGCAGAUGGCCCGCAGCCGGCUGGAAGAUGCCGGGAUCAAAGUGAGGGAUGUCCGGCUGAAUGGCUCGGCGGCCAGUCACGUCUUGGUCAAAGACAAUGGCUUGGGAUACAAAGAUCUGGACUUGAUAUUUAAGGUAACCAUCUCUUCAGAAGCGGACUUCCAGUUGGUCAAAGACGUUGUAAUUGGGUUGCUACUGAAUUUCCUACCGGAGGGGGUGAACAAGGAGAAAAUCAGCCCGGUGACCCUGAAAGAGGCUUACGUCCAGAAGCUGGUGAAGGUGUACACUGACGCGGACCGCUGGAGCCUGAUCUCCCUCUCCAACAAAGACGGCCGGAACAUUGAGCUAAAGUUCGUCCACUCCAUCCGCCGUCAGUUUGAGUUCUCCGUGGACUCUUUCCAGAUCGUGCUGGACUCUCUGCUCUUCUACCACGACUGCUCUGAGAACCCCAUGUCUGAACACUUCCAUCCCACCGUCAUCGGGGAGAGCAUGUACGGGGACUUCCAGGCCGCCCUCAACCAUCUUCAGAACAAACUGAUCGCCACAAAGAACCCGGAGGAGAUCCGGGGCGGGGGCCUCAUGAAAUACAGCAACCUGCUGGUGCGGGACUUCAAGCCCACCGACAAGGAGCAGAUCAAGUCUCUGGAGCGCUACAUGUGCUCACGCUUCUUCAUAGACUUCUCCGAUAUCUUCGAGCAGCAGCGCAAGCUGGAGUCCUAUCUCCAGAACCACUUCAUAGGCGAGGAGAAGAGCAAGUACGACUACCUUAUGAUCCUGCGCAAGGUGGUGAACGAGAGCACCGUGUGCCUGAUGGGACACGAGCGCCGGCAGACCCUCAACCUCAUCUCUCUGCUGGCCCUCAGAGUGCUCGCCGAGCAGAACAUUAUACCGAACGCUACCAACGUCACCUGCUACUACCAGCCUGCACCUUACGUCAGCGACGCCAACUUCAGCAACUACUACAUCGCCAAUGCCGCCGUCUCUUACAGUCAGUCCUAUCCAACGUGGCUUCCUUGUAGUUAGGUGAGGCCUUGCCGUGGACUCUGGGUCAAAUGGGCCCAUGUCUUCAAAGCCUGUGGACACUAGUUGGCUUCUAGAAAUAAGUUCCUUCCACAGCUUUGAGCCUGAUUUACUGGAAAGGGGCCUAGCCCACUCCACCGCACAUAACCAAAAAAUAAACUAAUGAAACUGCCCUCCCUUGGUCUGUCUGAAUGUUAACUGCUGUGGGGUGGGCACCAGACUCUCUGGCUGCCCCCACAUGUAAGAUAUGCAAACGUCAAUCCAUUACCUCAUUACGGAGAGAUCGCUCCUGUCUAAUGAUCGGUGGUCCUCUAAUCUCUGCCGGACGCCAGUGACUUUUAAACCUAUCAGUGUUGAUUGCUUGGACAAGCCUAACUCCAGCCGGGUGACUCUCGCUGGUGUAGUCUACCCCCUGACUUGGCGGGGGCUUCAGGGGAAGUUCUGCAGCGUAACUUAUGUGAAAAAAAAAAUAAAGGAGAGGGGGGGGGGGGGGGGGAAAUGGAGGAAAAAAAUAACAAAAUAUAAAAUUGUUUAUUUAUUAUAAAGAUUAUAAAAUGGUCGGAAAAUGAAGGGGAGAAAAAAAAAAGUAUUAAAAGUGUUAAUUUAGUGUGGGAGAGGGUCCUGUUUAUGCAAUAGAUGUUUUUGAUCUGACGUGGAAAUGGUAUUUAUGUUGUGGUUUGUAAGACGGGAUAAGUGCUUUUAUUUUGCUGCAGUGUCCGUGUUGCGGCCCUCUGGGGUUACGGUGUACCCUCCCGGCGAGCACAACUGCUGUCUGUUUUGUUUUGUUAGUACUGCAGUUUACGUUCUGUUAGUGGGGUCUUUGUUUUUUUUUUCCCCUUUUCUCUCCUGUCACCUGCAGUUUCACAGGUAGUAAAGGAAAACAUAGUCCUGAUGUUGGGUGUAAAUCCUCAGGAUAAGCUGUGCUUGUUGGGUAUCCCUGUAGGUAUAUUGGUGUGUACACAUCCAGAAACCAGGACCACCAGUGUAAUCUAUACAGCGCCCCUUCCCCUUUGCAGACAGCAUGCUAAGGUCUGAGCUGUGGCUCGCAUUCCUGCUUGAAUUUAGGUGUACUAGGCCACCACCUGUGCUCAGGGACCAGUGACUGGUGUGUCAGAGCUGAUUGUAGUUGUUGUGAGCCUUACUUAGGAUUAGUUCAGAAGAGCCCCCAGGGCAGUCAUUGGUGUCUGUGCCUUAGUCCCAGUGUGUACUGGGGACCAUUCUAUACUCUGUGCCUUACUAUUGUGUCCGUCACCCCACCCUGGAGUCUUCUGCCAGGGGCCGGUAUCCUGACACUGGCCACUAAUACUCUAUUAUAGCGGUAUAUACAGUUAGUGGGCUCUGUACCCUGCGACUUAGGGGGCAGUUCAGCUGUGAAUGCUGAUGGUGUGACCGCCUGUAAUGCAGGACACUGGCAGCACCGUGUCUCUGCUGGUCCCCCAUAGGGGUGUGCAGACAACUGAAUUGCCCCCUUAACAUCGCUUCUGAGUAUGGACACUACCCCCCCCCCCCCCCCCACCCCCCACCCCUCCUCCCAACAAUAGAGCUCUGUGCUGAGGAGCUGGUCGGAUGUAGUGCAUGUUCUUGUGCUGCACAAUCCAAAUAAACCCACUCCAGACUUGUGUCUAUGCAUUGUGUGCCUCUUUCUUGCGCCUCGCUGCACCUCAGUCUGCUCUAGAACAGCGGGACACGUAGCCGGUGCCUCCAGCUCAGGUGGAGUUAAUCUAUCGCUAACGCAGCAGUGGAAAAACAAACAGCGUCUCUGAGCUGCUGCUUCCCAGAUGUCUGUGCUUCCAGGUUCUCCUCCCUCCUGUCACUCCGGGUUCUGGUGCCCAGAGGUGGCAGCUGAGCAGUGAGGGUGCUGAGUGGCAGUGUCUCUUCCCGCUGGUCCUCUGUAGAAACACGACUUGCAGCCAUAACUGUAGCCAGGUGCAGGCGUUGUGAUCUCCAGCUCUGGCUGCUAGCCGUCACCUCCUGUACAGGACCAGGGGCUGCUGCAUGUGGUCACUAAACAAGACUUGUGUGCGCUCACUACACAAGCUGGAGGGUUGCUGUCCACUCUGCGCUGGGUCCGGCUGCAUGUGGCAGGUAGUGACAUACCCAAUCCUUGUUCUAGGGCUCAUUACCCGUACAGUGACGUCUGUGGGGUAUAGAGAAUGGACGUGCUGGUCUAGUGUAACCUUCCAUAGUGUUUCUCUGGUAGAAUAAUGCUCCUCUCCCCACUUGUUCCUCAGCUGUAGCAUAAGCCCAGAGUUGCAGGACUAGAAUUAAUCUGCUAUUAGACUUACCCUGGUUUCUGGGGCAUCCCACUGCAACUUGUAGCCUAGUGGUCAGUACGGUCUCUGUAGACCUGGGGGUAAAAUGCCUGUAAGUGACCCAAGUGCACUGAUAGUAUAUAACGUAGCUCAGGGACUGCUCCUUCCAGUCAUUGUGUCCUGAUACUUCCUUUUUAACCUUUACUAUUAUACCUGCUGCAGUACUUAGCCCAGCGGCCACUGCCACCCCAUUAGCCGGCCUUGGUGUCUGUCCUGCAGGGCUCAAUGUGUACGUGUCUAGCGUAGGCCUGUGCUUGGCAUGGCAGGUGUGAAGGAACGUCCUGUAACCCUCUGCCAGCGAGGCCUUAUGUGCAUGAAUGCUUUCUGGCAGAAAUACUCUGCUGUAAGUCUCAUGGCCUCUGACCUGGAACCUGCGUGGGGUAAUCCAGGCUGGUACAGUCAUGAUGCUCUGGCACUAGCGGUGAGGCCAUGGCACAGGUGCCAGUCUCUGUUAGAGGGUGUAGGCUGGCUGUGGGUAAUGCAAUGUUUCUGUCACUUUCAGUCUCCAUAUUACACUUAUUUUCCAGUCCGCCCCAGCACUGCUGCAGUAAUCCCCCUGUCUGUGGUGCUGGCAUCCUCCGGCCUGGUAGAAGUGGCCGGGCACUGCCUGUGUGCCGCUCCCAGGUGAGAGCUGGUGUUCCUGGCACUUGCUGACCUGGUCACAGCCUCCUGUGCGUGGCCGGUCAGGGUGGACUGAACUUUGUCAUUUGUACAGGGCCUGGCGCCAGAUGUGCUUGGUAUGUCCUCAUGAUGUACGUAUUCAGGGGAAGCCUGGAGCUACAGCUUCCAGGGUGGCCUGCAGUGCAUGCUGGGAGUUGUAGUCCCACAGGCUGCCCACCUUUUUUAUAUAGGUAUUGCUGUGCUGGUGGCUGGAAUGGUGUUGCACUAGAAUGAGUGGGGGAUUGGUGUUUAAUGACUUGUUUCUGCUGAAAUGUGAAAUGUCCUCAGUUUCUUGUCAAAAAAAAUAAAGAUUUAUUUUAAACA